GGUUGCAUAAUAAUACAACUCGCUUCUAAUUUCAUCAAGCAAUAAAUAUAACCUAUAUGUUUGUUAAAUGCAAGUAUUUAUUACAAUCUCAUAUUUUGAAGAGAGUAGAAGCAAAGAUGAGUAUUUUUGUUCAGAAGAUGAAUCCCAUAACUGGGUCUAAUGACUGGGUUGUCCAAAGUGAGGAAUAUGACUAUCACCAAGAAGUUGCUAGAGCUGCUUUUGCAGAUAUGUUACACGAUACAGAACGAAAUCAACUUUAUGAGAAAGCUCUAAAAGCAGCGAUAGACAAAAAGCACUCACAAGGAGAAAAAGCUAACGUUCUAGAUAUAGGAACAGGCACAGGACUUCUUAGUAUGAUGGCAGUAAGAAAUGGAGCUGAUUCAGUAAUAGCUUGUGAAGCUUUCAAACCCAUGAGUGAAUGUGCAAAGAAAAUAAUUGUGUCCAAUGGAUAUGCAGAUAAAAUUAAAAUAAUACCUAAGAGAUCUACUGACAUUAUUGUUGGCGAAGACAUGAAAGAAUUAUGCAAUAUUCUAGUUACUGAAGUUUUUGAUACUGAAUUAAUAGGAGAAGGAGCAUUAUCAACAUUUCAGCAUGCUCAUAACCAUUUAUUGGAAAAACAAAGCAUUGUUGUACCUUCUUCUGCUACUAUAUUUGCUCAAGUCGUUGAAUGUCCACUUGCACACACUUGGAAUAAAAUUAAGGAUGUGUAUGAUAAUGAUGGAAAACUGCUUAUUAAAGCACCAGAAUCUAUAGACAACUGUGCUGGUUCAGCAGCUGUCCAUGAUCUUCAGCUUAGUCAACUUCCUGCAAACUCUUUUAAUACUAUAAUAUCACCAAAACCAGUAUUCAAAUUUGAUUGGUCAGGCCAAACACCUUUAGUCUUUGAAAAUUCAUGUGUGUUCACAGAAAAAGCAGAACAGGAUGGUAUUGCCCAGGUUGUUUUCAUGUGGUGGGAACUUGAAAUGGAUACAGAAUCUAAAAUAAUUCUCAGUUGUGCUCCAGUUUGGGCUCAUCCAUGGACCAAAUUGAAGCAAAAGUGUGACAUACCUUGGAGAGAUCAUUGGAUGCAAGCUGUAUAUUACUUACCCGAGGAAGUAAAAGUAAAGAAGGGUGAAGAAAUCCAUUUAAUAUGCUGUCAUGAUGAAUAUUCACUUUGGUUUAGCUUAAUUAGCAGUAUGAAAUUUGAUUCAAGUGAAAUACCAAAAAAACAUUUUUCACAACCAGAAUGUGUCUGUGGAUUACAUGUCAGUGUACCAAGAACCAGAAUAGGACAGAUGAACGAUGCUAAGAGAAUUAAAAAAUAUUUAGCAUUUAUUGAAGAAAAUUUAGAUAAUGAUAGUUGUGUUCUAGUAAUGGGAAAUGCAAGUUAUUUUGGUUUAUCUGCAGCUCAAUUGGGUGUUAAAAAAAUGUAUUUUUUCGAAUCAAACCAUCUUUUAAGAAGUCUUCUAUCAGACUUCAUACUUACAAAUAAUAUAAAAAACGUAGUGGUGAUACCAUCUUUAAAAGAAUUAAAAGAGACAAAUCUCAAAGAUGUUAAUUUUAUUAUUAGUGAGCCAUAUUUCAGCACAAGCAUUUUACCAUGGGACAAUUUACUGUUUUUAUAUUUACUUAGAGAUGUUAAACAGCUAGUAUCUGAUGAUGUACAAAUAUUUCCUCAAAAAGUCGUUAUUUAUGGUAUCGCCGUUCACUUUAAGGACUUAUACAAGAUUAGAUCUCCUCUGGAAACUUGUGAAGGUUUCAAGAUGGACACGUUUGAUCGUCUAAUUCAGACAUCAAGUAAUAUUAGUGAUGACAAUGUAGAAGCCCAACCUCUUUGGGAAUAUCCAGGGUAUGCCUUGAGUCCAGUUCAAGAACUUGCGUCAAUUAGUAUUGUUGAUCCACCAGAAAAUGUUGAAACUUAUAAGGGAACAUUCGAUUUAGAAGGGAAUCUCAAUUGUAACGGUAUUGCCUUAUGGACAGAUUGGUACCUCACCGAUUCACCUCGACAUAUUAUAACUACAGGCCCUGUUUCUCCCGUCAAGAUAGGAGAAAAAAUCGACUGGUACAAACACGUUCGACAAGGAGUUUGCAUGUUUCCAUCCACAAAUUCCGAACAGAUUAAAUAUUCUCUAAAUAUAAAUCUUGUAAAUGGCAGUAUAGGUUUUAAAUGUACAUAAAUAAAACAAAUUGAAAUCUC